UCUUUCUAUAUAGCCUGAGGGCCGUAGUGGGUUCACCAACAUCAUCAAUUUCAUCUCGUGCACAAAAAUGGCUCUCUCUGGACAGCUGAAGCCUCCUGCUGUUGUGAUUGAGCCUCCUGCUGACAAAGUGUAUGAGUUGUACACCCGCAAACCCUACGAAAUGAGCCAAUCAAGCCCUGGAAAAAUUCAGAGUGUUGAUUUAAUCGAAGGUCAGUGGGGGAAAGAUGGUUCUGUUUACUGCUGGAACUUUCUCCUUGACAGAACAACUAUGUGUAAUAAGGUUGAAGUGCGAAUGGAUGACAAAAACAAGUCGGCUUCAUACAAAACGGUGGAAGGAUCUCUCAUGAACUCCUUCAAGAGCUUCAUUAUCAGUAUUCAAGUUAUUCCUCUGGAAAAGGGUAGCUCUGUGCUGUGGACUCUAGAAUAUGAGAAGCUGAAUGCGAGUGUUGAGGAGCCUAAAUUAAUGCUUCAGAUCGUUGUCGAUUGCUGCAAAGAUGUGGGUGUUUACCUCAGCCAGAAGCCUCCUCAACGGCAAACUACCUGAUAAGAAUCGAGCCACUAUAACACAAAUGCAUCGUCCAUGUAUGGAUAGAUGCAUGCUAUUAAAUAAGAUGCAAUAUUAGUAUGUUUGGAGACUCUUAUAUUUUAAACAAGUGAUAUGCAUAUUAUGAGCUCUACUUCAAUAAACUUUAUUCAAAUAAA